AUGAGGAAAGAUGUUGAGUAUACCUUUGGUGUAAUGAAAGGGCGCUUCCGCAUCCUCAAGACAGGAAUCCCCCUACAUGGCAUUGAAGUUUGCGACAGAAUAUGGCUAACUUGCUGUGCUCUCCACAACUUUUUGUUGGAAGAGGAUGGGUUGGAUACAGGAUGGUAUGUGUCAAGCUAUCUCGGAGCAGACCACGGUGAUCAUGACAUGGAUGAUAUUCAGGACAUUCUCGGAACGGCAUUGCCACGAAUCCCACCUGCUGCUGUCAAUGACAUGCUUACACAUGAUUCCUCUGGCGUGGGAGUGGGUAUUGAUCGCUCGACCGAAGAGAGUGAUGACAGUGAUGAGGACGAGGAGGACGAGGAGGACAAUGGAGACGCCAUGGAUGUUGAUCCUGAUGCUGAUGGCGAUCCGGAGGCUGUUUCAGCGUGCACCCUUUCUUUGAAGACCUUUAGAAGGAAACUGAUUCAACAUUAA